GGACCGCUCCUCCUCAAACUCCUGCAGCCCAUUUACUUAGUGCACCGGGCAUUUCGACAACAAUAUCUUAGACGCCAUUAAAUCUCGAUAUUUCACUGUGAGUUUUUACCGUUCGUCUCUCCUCACCACAUUUUCUGUACGCCGCUCUGUUUUUUUCCAUAAAUAAGUUUGUCGACCGUGCUUUCACUUUCGGUUGAUACUUGUAGGGUUAGAGGCGCUGUGAAGUCCGCCACAUUAAUGCCAUCCAUUUUAUUUUAGGUUGGCUGAAAGUCUUAUGUUGUGAAAACUGGAUUUUUGCAUUAUCAACCAGCUUUUAUUGCUAUUUUUCCAGGCGUGUAGAGAUGGUCGAGUGGCUAGACCCUUAUGACAUGCUCAACUAUGAUUCAGUUGCCAAAACUAUGCGAAAGACGGUAAAGACUGAGCCACAGUGCAGUUCCAGUAGUCAACAUGUGGAGGAUCUGCAGAGACAGAUCGGGAUGCUUGCUUUGAUACUGUUUGCCAUCACCUGCAUCCAGAAGACGUUUUCUGGUCCUCUAAUCUUUUGGCCCUUGAAAUUCAUCAUGGUGCUGAUCUUUUACUUCCUUGCCAGUAUUCUUUGGAGUUGGUUAUGUCUGUACCAGAUCGGGAUGCUUGUUUUGAUACUGUUAGCCAUCACCUGCAUCCAGAAGACGUUUUCUGGUUCUCUAAUCUUUUGGACCUUGAAAUUCAUCAUGGUGCUGAUCGUUUACUUCCUUGUCAGUAUUCCUUGGAGUUGGUUAUGUCUGUACCAGGUUGCCUUCUUUGAGCAUCAAAACAUCAUCAGAGAAACUGUAAACCUCAAUGAAGAAUGUAAAGGAAUACAAGAAAUGGAUUGGACUGAUGGUUUGAAAGAGUGGUUCAGAACCAGCAGGCCUCUCCAUGACGACCCCUGUGAAGAUUACUAUGCUUUUUUUAGAACCAAUCCCCUCCGUCUUGUACGUCUAACCAAGGUAGUAGAAUUUACCUUCAGGAUUUUAAUGAAAGACCCACUAAGACACUUUGGGGAGGGUAUAAGUGAGCUUCAUCGAGCAAUCCUAAAAUAUCUGCCAGUUACCCUUCAGUUUCCAGUCUUCAUGAUCAUCAUGCUCAUCAUUUUGUGGUUCAUGAAUGAAAGUGUAGAGCCUGGCUCGCAACACUACACCAAGACACCAAUGAAUAAUCUGCAAGAUCUUCCUUCAGGAGUGAAGGAUGGUGAUCGGGUGUCUGCGUCUGACCAGGAUUGUGACCAAGCUGUUGAUCAAAGUCUUGUCGAUAAUGUGGGAAGUAGCAUCACUGCAGAGACACUGGGCUGUGUCGAACCUCAACUUAGAAAAAAUGAGAACAAAGAAAAUGUUGAGGCGAUUGAGAAUCUCUCUGUUAGUUCAAGGUUCACAAACCAGCAGAAGACACCUGAGAAGUCUGCUGCCAACACUGAUGAACCAGACAGCUUAUGCCCAGUCAACGUGAAUCCUUCACAGGCUAAUCUGGAGGACAAAGAAGACUUCAAGGAAGACGACGCAUCCUCCAUGUCUCUAAGAAACUCUUUUAAGCUACCGACUUCUGUUGAGGAGACAAAUCCUAGUGGAUUAGACUUCAAAGCAAAGUUUGUUGUUCAGAAAUGAUCUACAUUUAACUGCUUGACUCAUAUUUUGAUAGUAGAAUCGUCUUGCGAACAGUAAAAUGGCUCCUCUGUGAUAAGUUGAAUUUAGGUGCAACAAGACACUUUGCUCUUUUAUCAGGAAUGUUUUAUUUUUCUUUAGAUACAAAGGAAAAUGCUCCCCAAUUCACAAGACUUAAUGUUACCUCUGUAAUUACUACUAGUUGUAUUACAUUUACAAGAAAAGACUUUUGAAGAAACAAGUGAGCAAUAAACAAAAAAUGUUUAAAUAACCAAAAUAAAUUAAUCUCUUAGUAUUUUUAUUUUUAAGAGAAAAUAAUGUAUUUUUUUUGUUAUGAGUAAUGAGUCUAUAACACUCAUUUAUUGUGAUUGCACAACUCAUACAUUCAGAAACAGUUACGAGGUAGACAUUUAGGACUAUAAGGAGAGUUAGAAAGUUACAAAUGUUAUUUUAUAAAGAUUUAAAAAAAUACUUUAUGCUGAGGAUGUUAAUCAGUGAUUCAGCUCCAUUUUACAUUUUAGUGUUGUUUGUUGUUCACUGGUUCUCUGUGAUUUUGUUUUCUGUAAGAAGUGGACAUUUAUACAACGAGAUGAAAAUAUUUUUCUGUGAAAAAUGACUUUGAAUGUGCAUUUUUGUCCGUACUAAAACAACCAGAAUUAUCUGGUUGCUUGGAAGUUUGUUUUGCUGUUCAUCAUCAGGCAAAAUUCAGAAAUUGGUGAGGCUUUUCAGCUAUGGUUGACAGACGUUUUAUUACAGUGUAUCCAGAGCAAUCUUGGUCUUCUUCUGCUGAAAUAGACCUGAAAUGUGAAAUUCUGCAUUAUUGUUAUUUUAGCCCAUGUAAUACUAAAGUACAGUUUUGAGGGUUUAGUUAAUUAACUGGAGUUAUUGUGGUAGUAAAGCUUAAGUUAUGCUUCUACCUCAGCAAAGCAUUGCCAUGUAUAGAAAUUGUGUAAAAUAAAUCACUGAAUUUAAAAUUUG